UACACUGGGUACGCUGUGUCGCCUGGGUGGAUAGUAUAGUUACAUCAACAUUAAAGGGAAUAAAAUGCCGCGGAUUCAUGUAAAUAGAGACUUCGCUUCAGCGCUCAUAAUUAAUGUUUCUUAAUUAACACGGGUCACCUCUGGAGCCGGUAGUGGCAGGCCUAUUUUCGGUGUUUAUCAGCAAUAUUUCAGGGAGAGGAGUGUCGUCAUCCUCACCACAGCAGCUGGGGGGUAAGUUUGUCACUUUAGUCCCCGUUGAACAAAUGACGAACUGAGAACCAUCUCAACCUCAAGCGUCUCCGCAGCACCCGCUCGUUGAAGGAGUCGACCACGUUGCCUCGCCACACUGGACAGAGAAAUGUGUCUGUGCGUGUCCUCGAGUGCAUGACCGCAUCUCAGUGUUUUGUGGCUGCACUUCCUCUCUCACCUUCCGAGAGGCACUUCUGCACUUGACUGACUGCAACAUUUGUCUUCAUCACAACAAAGCAUCAUGGGUAGGAAAAAGAUUCAGAUCCAAAGGAUCACCGAUGAAAGGAACAAGCAGGUGACAUUCACAAAGCGAAAGUUUGGUUUGAUGAAGAAAGCCUACGAGCUGAGUGUAUUGUGUGACUGCGAGAUUGCCCUGAUCAUCUUCAACCAUGCGAACAAACUGUUCCAGUAUGCCAGUACUGACAUGGACAAGGUCCUGCUCAAAUACACAGAGUACAAUGAGCCGCAUGAGAGCCGGACCAAUGCCGAUAUCAUUGAGACUUUGAGAAAGAAAGGCUUCAACGGCUGUGACAGCCCAGAGCCAGACGGCGAAGACUCGAUCGACCAAAGUCCCCUUAAUGAUGACAAAUACCGGAAAACCACAGAGGACCUGGAUGUUCUCUUCAAACGCUACGGACAGUCAACAGCUCCGCCUCAGACGUUCUCCAUGCCGGUCACCGUCCAGGCAUCCAAUCAAAGCACACUGCAGUUCAGCAACCCUGGCAGCGCACUGGUAACUACCUCCUAUGUAACAUCAUCAUCGCUCACGGAUACCCACCUCCUGUCGCCACAGCAACCGGCUCUUCAGAGAAAUACGGUGUCUCCUGGGUUGCCACAGCGACCAGCCAGUGCAGGCGCUCUUCUUGGAGGCGACCUGAAUAAUUCAAAUGGAGGAUGUCCAAGUCCAGUCCCUAAUGGAUACACCAGUGCCAGGGCCUCCCCAGGCCUCCUCACCGUUUCCAACGGCAACAGUCUGGGGAAACUAGUUCCGGCCAAGUCUCCACCCCCACCUCCGAGCCCCCAGAUGGUCAACAGCCGCAAGCCAGACCUCCGAGUCAUCACCUCACAGGGCGGAAAGAGCCUCAUGCAGAUGAACGCCCAGCGACUGGCAGCUGGAGCUCAAACUCUCACCACGCCAGUGGUCUCUGUAGCCACACCGAGCCUCCUGGCACAGGGGCUGCCCUUCUCCGCCAUGCCUACAGCGUACAACACAGAGUACCAGCUGACCAGCGCGGACAUCACUGCUCUACACGCUCUGGCGUCACCAGGAGGCUUGCUGCCCACCGGCGUGUCCACAUGGCAGCAGCAGACGGUUUCCCAGCCAAGUCAGCAGCAGCAGCAACAGCAAACACAGCAGCAGCUUAACUUAGCAUCACUCAGCAACUUGGUCAUGUGGGGCGUGGACAAACAGAGCAGCGAGCUGUCUAGCCAGGUGUCCAGUCUGGCUGCCAAUCUGAGUGUUGGCUCUCCGUCCAACCUGCUCUUGGGUAGAGAUGAGUGGUUGGGCCGGCCGGUGACCAACAUCCCUCAAGGCGCCAUGCUGACCGUCAACACAAGCUCCGGCGUGAGCAUCAAAUCGGAGCCCAUCUCGCCCGGCCGGGAUCGCAGCACCCCUUGCCCUCCUCCGUCUACCACGCCAUCCUCGACCUCGGGAGGUACCAUCCUGACUGCUCCGCCUCAAUACCCCGGCUCCCUGCUAUGCCUGGAGCCCCCGACCGGCCGCUCGCCCGCAGACAGCGUAAGCAGCAACGCCAGCUCCUUCGAAGGCAGCGACCGUGACGACGCUGGAGCAGCCGGAGGUGGCACUGCAGGUGCGGGAGGAGGAGGCGGUGGGACCGGAGGUGGAGGUGGCAGCUCGGCAGGUCCCACCAGCCGGUCCGUGCCGCCCGACUUCAGCCCGUCGGCCGAGCUCCUCAGGGCGUCGAACGAACAAGACCAGGAGGGAGGAAACAUCAAGCGCAUGAGAUUGGAUGCCUGGGUCACAUAAAGGCACCAACACCUUCUCUCUGCACCCACAGUGAAGUUUUGGUGACUCCCACAACACGCACCCACACUCUUUCUUAGUCCCACCACCACUUCCCCGACCCCACUGUCAUGUGACACUAUCAUCACACACAGUUAUAUUACUCAGCUGCGUCACUCAGACUUCAGAGGCUUUGCCAAAAACCCCAUUAAAAACAAGCAUAAAAAUCCUGAUGGACGGCUCCGAGCUCAGCUGGAUAUUUUAGCCCCUCGGAUGGAGGGACAGUAGAUUUUUAAAGCCUUCUUGCUUGAAUGGACUCCCACAUAUUGAUAUUUUUCUUUUUCUUCUUUGGUAGAAAUACGUUGUUUAAAGUGAAACCACGAAACAAACAUUUCUCUUUCACACGGUUUCCGUAUCGCCUCCAUGUAUUUACAUCGACCUCCUUUCAUUUUAAUACAAUGUGACUCGUGGCCUGUCGACAUUACGGGACUAAUGCCGCACGACUCGCCACUUCCUGCUCUCCAGAAUCCAGCGUUUAUUUAGGCUGCGUGCUGUUGAUUCUCCUGUAAGGCACUUCCAAACUGCACUAAAGGAAAUAACUUUAUCUGGACAAAGACUGAGCAAUUUUUGGCACUGACCAAAACAGACUCAAGCAAAGGUCUUUCUAGGUAACAAUAUUUCUGUGUCAAAGGAUUUUUUAUUUAUUUUAUUUUUUUUUGCCUCUGCUGCCACGACCUCAUGCAACCAGGCAGGCCCCGAGCCCCUCAGGUGGCACUCUGCAGCUGUGUGAGUCGAGCACCUCGCCAGAGUGCCAAUAUCAACUUCUCUUUGAGAUUUAAAUAAAAGAAGAGAAACAAACAAAAUGCCAAAUGCCCCUGUUCUCUAUAGGGACAUGCUAUCGCUCGCACUGUCGUGAAACAUUGAAUUGUAUUGGCGGUCACUUUGUUCACAGACUGGGGUGCUCCUCCCGUCCUCUCACCUCAUCUCCUCUGGAACUCGGAUGGAAAUCCAGCCGGUUACUCAGCUUAUUAGCAGGAGUAGAUGCCAUCCAAGUGAAAUUCAAUAGUAAGAGUUUUUUGAGCCUCUGUUGGCUCUUUUUUUUUUUUUAAUUUGAUUUGAUUUUUUGGAGUAGGGAAGUAUUUGGUUCUCUAAGUCCAAGUGUUCUCUAUCUGUUGGUAUUUUAAAACUCUGUUAGUCGUCCAGAAGUAGGAAUUCCGACUUUGUAUAAAAAUCACUCCUUAUACAAAAAAAGCUUUGAUGUCCUCUUUAGCUCUCUAUAGCUCUCCUUAGCUCUUUGCUGUGUUUCGAAAAAGUGAAAGGAAAAAGACAUUUUUCUAUAUUUCUACCGCUUCAGUUGGCGACAAAGUAAAAGUAGCUUUUCGGCUUCAACGACGUGUAUGUACAUAUGAAUAUAUUUGCAUAGACUUUGCUAGGUAUCCCUAAAAACAAGCAAUGUGUUGAUUCUCAGUGGAUCUGUUUGCAUAUAUGAGUGUGCAUUUGAUAUGUUUUGAGAUACAGGUGCAGGGGUUACGCCGCGCUGGGUGGUGCCGGCGAAUCGGACGUGUUUCAACUAAACCUAUUUUAUUCUAGUGUCGAUGGUGUGUGCACUUUCCGUCUCUCACUCACAGAGGCCUGCUUGGUUGUGGUGUCAUCAUAUUCGCUUGCCACAGUUCUUCUUCUUUCUUUCUUUUGAAGAAAAGAACCCACGAUCAAAGAAAGAAUCCUACACCGUGACAUAAACUUAUUAUCAGGACACUGCCAUUCACUUCUAGCGUAGAGAGGUAAAAUACACUUUGACGGACUCGUGUAAAAUCUUUUCCACGUCACUGUAAGCUGACAAUUUCUUUUUUUUCCCAUCGGGAAAACCAAGUUUGACGUUUAAGUGUAGCUUUUCUUGAACAAAUCUGUUUUUCGUUGAACCAUUUCAAGUGUGUGUAUUGGUGUGUGAACCCAGGCUGUUUAUUGCUCUCGAUUACUUUACCUUUUUUUUUCCCCUGGAGACGAUGCUCAAAGUGCAGACUGGCUGUUAUUUAAACAAUCCUACACCUUUCCGUCAGUGUAGGUGAGCAGCGUUUGACGCCGACUCUGGGUUCAUGCUGCGAGUCGGAAAAAGACAUUGGGGCCGCGUGGGAUUUUCUCCAAAAGACUGACGCGUCUAGCGGCGGCGUUGCUGAGGUAUUUCAUCGUCAUCAUCAUCAUCAUCUUUCCUAGUAUGUGUGGAGGGUAGUUUUUCACUCCACUGAUUUCAGGUUAGCGCUGCUUUCCCCUCUCAGUCAGCCACGGUUAGCAAUUUAACAGCCAACACUUUCAAAGAGCGCUUAUUGGAGAAGUUUUUUUUAAAGGAAUACUUAUACAGUGAGUGAGAACGAGGAGAUCUGUGCUUUUACUUAUGUGGUCAGUAUGUACACAAAACACCAGCCAACACGCCUGAUGCUUACCUCUAAUGCUGCAUUUAUGAAAGCGAAUUAUUUACAUUAUUUACAGCUUCAGAUUCAAACGUUAAAAUACAAAUUUCCCAAAAAUCACUAAAGAAAGUGAAUAAUGUGUGAUUCCCUCCAGAGUUUGUCAGAGUCGGGAAGUGAUGCAAGCAUGAAAGCUGUCAGUAAUCUUUAGUGUCUCUUAACCUUAUAAUGCCCUUAAUACAGGAGUUUCUGAGACCUCUAUCUCAUUAACAUGAUCAAUACUUGCCAUAAUUUUAAAAACUUAUGGAUAAAACUCUUUUUUUUUUGGUCUAAAAUUGACAUUGUUGUUAACAAAAAAUUGCCAAAAACACCCAGUGUAUCAAACGCGAUACAAAGAAAUAUAUAGCAAGUAUAUAAUCAAAAUAUAUCAUACACAACAUGAUAUAGCAAAAACAUUUUUUGUUGAUUUUGCUUUAAGGGUUAAUGAACAUCUCAGUUUGAAAAAAAUCAGAAUUUUCUGGCUGUUUUUUGAUGGGUUGGGUCUUACAGGAUUAAAAAAGGGUGCCCAUUUUUCUCCUUAUACACAAUAUGAGUCUAGAUUCGAUUGUUUGAGGACCUGUGUGCAAAUUAGAUAUGUCACCAAUCAAAGCAUUUUACGUGUAUUAUUUAAGCAUCGGCCUAAAGUGCAGUAAAUCCAAGUGAGAAUCUUGAACCGUUUGCAGGCCUGUGUCACCAUUUGGAUAAUUUUUACACACUUAAAAUCAAUUCAAUUAAAUUUGUUGUUUUUAUCCCCCGCUUGUAUAAAAUGUACAUAAAUAAAUUUGGAUGUCUCCACCUGACAUGUCUUGGUGUUAACGACCAUAAAGUCAGCUCGAGCUCAGUUAUGCGUCGUCUGCAUCCAUUUUCACAAUACUAUAAAAGUAUCGAGCUCAGGCAUUUACAUUACACAACUACAAGCCGCGGCACAUCUCAGAGUUGAGAUGCAAGAUCUCAAAAUUAAUGCAGCACUUUUUUUUUUUUUUAAGUUAAAAUGACAGAGUGAGCUUUAGAGGUGCUGGCAGGCAGAGUGUGACCGCUGGACCGUCGCAUCGAGCCUCUUCUCCGGCCUACAUCCCAUCAAGAAAUUUCAAGAUGUCAAACUAUUCCUUUUGAACACUCGGGAUGCGUGUCCGCCUUCCUGCAGACAGAGCUAACGAUCUCCUCUCGUACCACCCGCUCAUUUCCACUUUUAGAAAAACUCACCUUCAGUGGCAUCUCUUUGUUUCUGUGGGCGCUGAUGUUUGACUGAAAUGUGACACCACACCGAUUGGCUUUGUUCAUGUACAAAAGGAAAAAAAAAGGUUCUCUGUCCAAUCUAGCAGUGUAGUCACAAGACAAUCUAUAUGAGAAAUGAACACCUGCACCCCUGUUACUUGUUGUGUACAAUGUUUUUUAGAAUCUCACUAUUUUUGGAUUAAUUUGUGCUGGUGACAGUUCCAUUGUCUAUUAUUAUUAUUAUUAUUAUUAUAAUGAUAUUAUUAUGGAGCUUUUAUUUUAUUGCUAUUUUUUGUGUAGGAUAGCCAACUGUUUUUAAUUUCCUCUUUCUUAUUUUUCUCUUCCGUAUCAUAAACAUAUAGUACUGGUUUCCUUUUUUGAGGCAACUUUGCUGACAAUUGCACGAUCAGUUAUUGUGGUAUUAGCAAAUGCAAUGAAGGAAAUACCAGUUAAAUGCUGCAGUUUUAAUUAAGAUACAGAAUAUAUUUAUAAAAACGGGAAACAACUGAAAUUAGUAAAAUCCUGAAAUUUGAAACAUGUAAAUGCAUGGGAUACAGGUAACAAUGACAUAUGUUACGUACAGUAAUGAUAAGGACAUGCAUCAGAGAUGAGUUUUAAAACAACUCAGAAUAAUGUAGCAUAUGAAAUACUAAAGAUGAAAUUUAUAGCUAAUAUAUUGUGUUGAGCUGGUCUGCUUUGGGUUUUGUUGUAAAGAAAAUAUUUCUUUUUUUGUUGUUUUUUUUGAGAAUGAUAUACAGUUUGUGUAUAUUUUCAUAUACAAAGUAUGCACUGAUAUGUUAUUGAAAUUCUAUACCGCUUUUACAAAAAAGUGUUUGUUGUACCAAAGUAUCCAAGUCCCUUGAAACCUUAUCCUUUUUGCGUAUGUUUUACCGUAUUUUAUAUAUUAAAUAGACAAACUGAGUGAAAUGAA